AUAAAAAUAAAAUAACUCAAGAGAGAAUAAAUACGAAAAAACUUUGAACUGCUCUCUCGAAGCUCUCAACAAAAAUCGAAAUCGACGAAGAAGAAGAAGAAGAAGAAGUUGUUGCUGUAACAAUGGAGCCACCACCUCCUGAAAGAUCGAAACGCCUCCACAACUUCUCUUUACCUCAUCUCCGUUGGGGUCAACAGAGAUUCCUCAGAUGCGUCAAUCUACCAUCUCCUCCUCCUUCUUCUUCCUCUCCCGAUCAUGCAGCCACCAACAGAUCCGUCUCCAUAGCUGGAGGAGGAGGAGGAGCGAAGAACGGUGAGGUAGUUGUGGCGGCUCGGCCAUGGAAUCUGAGGAUGAGAAGAGCUGCGUGUAGUGAACCUGGAGAUGAAUCAGCGGCGAAGAUUGAAAUUGGCGUUAAGAAGAGAAGUAUCAUCGAUAAUGAAGAUGGAAGAGAUAAUAAGAAUGAGAAAUCGAAAUUGUCUAUUUCGUUGUUGAGAGAUGAAAUUGAACAAGAUUUCUCCAUUGCUUUUGGGAAAAAACCUCCAAAGAGACCUAAGAAGAGACCAAGGCUUGUUCAGAAGAAAUUGAAUACGAUUUUUCCAGGAUUGUGGUUGAAUGAAGAAGAAGUGACAAUUGAUUCAUAUAAUGGACCUGAAGCAGCUUAGGAAACAGCUUUAAAGGUUUUUACUUUAGGAUAAAAUGUAAUGUAUCAUCAGCUUUGUGUUCUCUCUUGUUCUACUUUGAGACAUUCUCAAUUUUCUGGUUUCUUGUUGUAAAGCAUAUUACUGGGAAUCUCAUUAUUCAUUUACUAAUUGUAAUC